AACGGGAAGUUUAUGGAAAGGAAAUUCAAAUUCUGUAUUAUCAAUCAAGACUCCUAUUGUGAAAACAAAGACAAAAGAACCCACUACCACUAUUCCUUUGCGUAAAUCCACGAUUGUUAGUCUCUCAAAGGUUAAUACUGCGUCUAAAAAUCGCACGCGUACUACAGUUAAUAAGGAUACUCAACCUAAAUUUAAGUCAAAUACAGUAUCAUUUGAAGGCAAGACUCCUCUUGUGAAAACAAAGACGAAAGGACCAACUACCACUAUUCCUUUGCGUAAAUCUACGAUUGCUAGUCUUUCAAAG